UAAAGGUGUAAUUUGUUCAUCUGAUCUUUGCCAAAAGCUUAUCCCAUACAGUGUACUUUGACCCCUUUACAGAACAUGUGUUUCUCUCAGAGUGGCUACAUGGUGUACGCUAUACUUGUGUCACUCGUUCUAGCUGAUUUAGCAAAAAAUAUUAGUGGAGAAAAACAGCAUCAUAGCCAUGGAGAAAAGUAUUCAGGGAGUGGGUCGGUGCAAGUUCUCAUUUUGGUUUGCUGUAUUUCAUGAUGUAUUGGGAUUCCUGAUCCUCUUGUCUGGUGUGUUUUGGGAUAUCUUCUUCAACGACCUUCUGAUCUACUCUGGAGCUGUGGUCAUUUUUCUCAGCCUUAUCUGGUGGGUGUUUUGGUACACUGGGAACAUUGAGGUGCCUCCUAAUGAGCUGGAGGACGACAUCACUUUGUACAAAAGGACCAAGGGAAUUUCUGGAGUGGUGCGCAAAGUCUCUGAUCGUCUCUCAAAUGGACUUAGUUCAUUCAGGAAAAUUGGGAGAGGCAAUGCCCCAAGGGGGAACUCGCAUCAAAAAGGCACCAUCAACACAAAUAUCUGUAUGAUCUCCUAUACAAACACUCAGCCACUGGGACCAUCUAACAAUCUGAACAGGGAACCGUUAUCCAUAUAAUCCACAGGUAAACAAAUGAGAUAUUAUUCAGCCUACAGACACUUUCUUUUGACACUAAUUCCCACUAACAUUGAUCAUAUUUAUUUAAGUCAUCAUGCCACUUUUGCAAUCUGUUAAUUAUUACCUGUACUGCAGCACCAGUUGGUUGCUUGAUGGACUCAAAAAACAUUUACAACAGUUCUUUGCAGACUUUGCACUACAAUGAACAGAACUGAUCAGUUGUAAUAUCCACCUGU